UGAAAUCGGAAAGGGAAAAAAAUUACGGAGGCAGCUGCAGCAAGCAAAGGGCAAGAAAACAAGAGAGACAGAGGGAGCACCUUGAGGAGCUCGUGUUUCUCCCUUUCGUAUUCAGAAACCCUAGUUUUCUCCGUCUUCAGCCCUACGUUACCUGCUUCUCAUCCUUCAUAUCCGCUUCAUCCAGCCUCGUUUUCCUUUUUCACUUCUCCAAGAAAACGGCCGCCAUUUCCUCCUCCGACCUGCAACCCCCUCCCCUUUAUUUCUCAAUUCUAGGUUCUCACUCUCCCCGCAAUGUAAGCUUGAACUUUUAAACCAUUAAUAGCAAUUGGAAAUUGGGUGGUGAAAAAUAAUAACAAUAAAUAAAAGCUAUGUACAGUCAUAGAGAUCGAGGAGGAGGGUCUUCGAAAUCGGAGCUUGUUGGAGGACCGUUUGAUCGGAAGCGAUUAAACGAUGUGCUCGACAAGCAUCUAGAGAAGUCGUCUCCAUCCACUUCGAGGGGCUUCAACAGAAAAGACAAAGAAAGAUCCUCUGUUCCUUCAACUUCCACUGGUAAAUCCCAGCUUGACCAUCGUGAUUCACGCUCUGCACCUCUCUCCAAAGCCAAAUGUGAUGAGGAGUCUGAAACAGACAGUGAAGAAUCAGAUGUUAGUGGUUCUGAUGGAGAUGACACAUCUUGGAUCUCAUGGUUUUGCAAUUUGCGCGGCAAUGAGUUUUUCUGUGAAGUUGAUGAUGACUACAUCCAAGAUGAUUUUAAUCUUUGCGGGUUGAGCAGUCAAGUUCCGUACUAUGGCUAUGCGCUCGAUUUAAUAUUGGAUGUUGAAUCUUCCCAUGGUGAUAUGUUCACUGAAGAUCAGAAUGAAUUGGUUGAAUCGGCAGCUGAGAUGUUGUAUGGUCUUAUACAUGUCCGUUACAUAUUAACUAGCAAGGGAAUGUCUGCUAUGUUGGAGAAAUACAAAAACUAUGAUUUUGGGAGAUGCCCAAGAGCUUUCUGCUGUGGACAACAUUGUCUUCCAGUUGGCCAGUCAGAUAUUCCUCGUUCAAGUACUGUGAAAGUCUACUGUCCAAAAUGUGAAGAUAUAUAUUAUCCUCGAUCCAAAUAUCAAGGCAAUAUUGAUGGAGCAUAUUUUGGAACAACAUUUCCACAUCUUUUUCUAAUGACAUAUGGACACCUAAUGCCACAAAAGCCAGCCCAAAACUACAUCCCAAGAGUUUUUGGCUUCAAGAUCCAUAAGCCCUGAUGUGAUACAGUAACCGCAAGCUGUAUGUAAGUUGAGCUGAGAUCUCCUAUAGUCGGAUGGACAGUAGCAGGCAAUUUUCACAUAGCCUGGUGAUUCUUUCACUGCCGUGGAUGCCCUAACAUGCAGGAAAUGAAGUGCAGAGAAAAAGAAUUGGUAGGAGGAUUUAAAUGGCAAUGAAACAUGGCUCUGUUAGUUGAGCACAAAUAUUUAUGUAUCUACCCUAGAAUUUAUUAAUGAAUUGAACAGAGCAUUUGUAAGCGUGUUUCUUUUAUCGUGGGUUGAGGAUUGUUCUGAAUGUAUUCCCUAAAGAUAACUAUAUCCAGUUGCAGGUGUAGUAGCCCCAUGUUUUUGAGCAACGUGUUUUCUUUCUUUA